UUCUUCACUUUCUUGGUCUGAAGAAGAGGCAGAGGCUGAUACGAUUUUCUGAAACGAAUGUAUUAUUUACGUACUUUUGAGUACAAGUAUAACACAGACGUUAAUUGUAGACAUAAACCAUGACGAAACUGAAUAAUCCGAAUGCUGCACGAAUGAACCCCUGCUUAAAGGAGCAAGAACAAUCUUACGAGUGUCUGAAUAAAAAUGGUUAUGACCAUAAGAAGUGCGAAGCGUACUUUGAUAACUACAAUACUUGUAAAAAGUUCUGGGGAAAGAUUUACAGCGACAGAAAAGCAAGAGGCAUUUAUCCCUACCUGCCUGAUGUUGAAGACAGAGAGAAAAUCAAGUCAGAUUAUAUAAAAAAUGUGAAGGACUCAUUGUGAUCAUUGCCUAACUUUUAUAGUUUUAGACAUUUUAUUGCCAUAAUUAAA